AUGCGCCCCGGAAAUGUUGCACAUUCUGAACAUCCAGAUACAGCCGGGUUUUUCCAAGACGAAACUGAUCUAGAACUGUCUCGCGAAGAACAAGCCCAGCAACGUGGAGACGAAGACACAGUCGACGACACCUACACGGAAUCGCGCGGCCGUGUGCGACGGCAACCUCCACACAGUACUGGGAGUGCUGCCGAGAUUCCGGUACCUACGUUUUGCAUGAAGUUCACAGCACACGUGGCGGCGACAGCGGCUCGUGGCACCGGUACAAGCCAAACAACUGCAAGUCACGGAAUCCCCUCUUACCGUUUGCCUACUAUUCCCAUCCCUUCGACGCCAGCCGGGCCUCGUCCUAUUCGCUCAACAGUGACACCUGUCAGCGGUCAAGUACACGAGGCCUCCCAGAUGGACACGCGUGCACUGGCGGCUGCUGUCCACUAUACGAACGCCCUGUACGAAUCACGAGCCCCCUCUCUGCCAGGCUCUACAGCUACGAUGCCAGCCCACGCGCCAAACCGUGACGGUGUACCGACAUCCGGUCAAAUCAUCGCUGAAGGUUCCUCCGUGAUUGGGAACAAACGACCGCUCGAUGGAGACACGGAUGAAGCCGAGUCUUCUGCGGCCGAUCGUCGCCGCCAACGCAAGGCACUCCAUAAUGCCAAACGUCUUCGUCAUAGCGAUUUGAAGGACGACUUGCUUACACGGCAGCUAUUCAGGGAUGCAAGCCUUGCGCUCAAGGUCCACUUCCUGACAGUCGAGCCAUUCCCUUCGGUUGAAGACCGUGAGGAGGUCGUCACUGCGAAGUUCAAUGCUCUCAAGAACGAAGAGACCAAGGUGCGCUCUGCUGUCAUCCGCGCCGUCAUGCAGAAGCUCCCGGACAAAUACGGACUCAAAGCUGUCCCGAAGUCGCCAGCUGACGCCGAACACAACAAGACGACCGUCCAUUACCUGUUACACGGCAAUGUACCACAGGUAGCAACAGUGUCGGGGCCCUCUGCAUCCACUACUACCAGUAUUCUCGGGCCUAGCGGAACGGCGUCAGGACGGGCGGCGACAAACGUGCAGCUUCCAGUCGAACAGACACCUCGCUUUGAGGUGCAAGGCGGCUGUUUCCAUUUCUCGAACCCGACGUCAAAGCAGGGUGCGUUUCGCAACCCAAUCAUCAGUGAUGUCAUCUUCGAGGUUCACCAUGGCCUGAAGCGGUUCGCGACAGGGUACCGCAAAGAUGUGUCAUUCACCAAAUCGACCUACGACAUAUACGACGCUUUCCUCAACGCGCUCGAGCAGCUACGUCACGAACGCGCAUGGACAAGCUACAGGCGGGAACUAUACCACCUCGGGCUACGACACGCACAGGUGUAUGUAGAACCGAAUGCGGAAACAGCCCCUAUCAUCGCGCCAAUGUCUCAAGAGCAAAUCAGUCGCGAGAUGCGCUCGCUCGCCGAGGAACUUGGAGGCGUAGGCGAUGGGGAUCCGCCGAUUGACGAGACAGUCGAUCAUACCACCAAUGCCUCCGAGUCGAUUAUUCCCAGUCACUCCACGGAUCGUAUUCAGGACCAUGGACCUCAGGCCCCUGUCGUCACAUCUUGA